AUGAGAGAGAGUUCUUUUGGGCCCCUUACUUACCCUACAGAACACGACGUCACAUUAAAUUGUACGGCUAAGGCGGCAGCUAAAGAGACACUAGAAAAACCUGUUUGGGUCAUAGGUAGGUGGGGCUACAUCUUUUAUGACGGCUACAUCAGGGUCAUAGAUUCCAUCAAAAUAAGAUCAAAGAUCCCAGAAAAGAUCAAUCUGCUCACCUCACCUGAAAUUAUUGACCUGACGGUGACCGCUACAAAAGACGCAUGUUGCACGCUCACAAGGAAGUGGUACAUCAAUGAAACUCUCCAGGCUGAUUCAAAGUUUGAAAAUCCUCCAUUCUAUGAUUAUGGCUCGUCCACGGGUACUUUGUUUAUCAACAAGUCCCUGGUGUCACGUGAUCAGCUGAUGGAAAUUGUGGGAUACUACAGGUUGAGUCUGUACAACAGGUACCAGACUGUUGACGUCACGUUCUCUCUAACUUUAGAAGAUGGUCCAGAGGCCCUAAUCUCUGCUGGUGGAGGGUUCACUGAGUGGUGGAUCAUCCUACUCUGUGGGGUCCUGGUCAUCGUCAUCGCCAUUGUUGUCGUCGUCGUUAUCAUCAAAAGCAAUUACCCAAGAAAUACAUAUCUAUUGGAGAAGAAAGAGCUUAAGCACAAUCUCAACCCAGAGGCCGAUCUACUGAAUCAAUCUUUCCAAGAAAUUUAAGACAAGACAGAGGCCGAUCUACUGAAUCAAUCUUUCCAAGAAAUUUAAGACAGAGGCCAAUCUAUUCAAUUAAUCUUUCCAAGAAAUUUAAGACAAGACAGAGGCCGAUCAACUGAAUCAAUCGUUCCAAGAAAUUUAAGACAAGACAGAGGCCGAUCUACUGAAUCAAUCUUUCCAAGAAAUUUAAGACAAGACAGAC